AUGCAAUUGCCGAUCGACGUCGACCGGACACUGCAUCACGGGCGCGCUUUUUUCAGGGCCUUUGCUAGAUUUGUGGAAAGUGUGAAGGAUUCGGGGGAUACCGUGACGGCAAAGAACAGCAUUUACAUUGGCGCCAGCGCCAAGGACGAAACACUGGCGCUGAAACUUGCCAACCGGCACGGCUUGAUCGCGGGCGCCACCGGCACCGGUAAAACCGUUUCGCUUCAGAUACUCGCCGAAGGAUUCUCAAAAGCUGGCGUGCCGGUGUUCUGCGCCGACAUCAAGGGAGAUCUGUCAGGGCUCGCCGCAAAAGGGGUAUCCAAGGACUUUCUUGAAAAACGAGCCAAGGACAUCGGCAUCUCGGAGUCCUACACUUAUGAGGCGUUUCCCGCCGUGUUCUGGGAUUUGCUCGGCGAACAGGGACACCCGAUCCGGACCACUGUCUCUGAAAUCGGACCGUUGCUUCUGUCGCGUCUUCUGGAGCUGAACGAUACCCAGGAAGGCGUUCUGAACGUCCUCUUCGAACUGGCCGACGACGAAGGGCUGUUGCUGCUUGAUCUGAAGGACCUGCGCGCCAUGCUGGCUCAUGUAGCCGAACGUGCGUCCGAAUUGUCUACCCUCUAUGGAAAUGUCUCCAAGGCAUCGAUUGGAGCAAUCCAGCGCCGGUUGCUCGUUCUGGAGCGGCAGGGAGGCGAGAAUUUCUUCGGCGAACCGGCGCUUGAUAUCCGGGACUUCAUCCGGGUCGGGCCGGAUGGCCGCGGUGUCGUCAACGUUCUCGCUGCAAACAAGCUGAUGACAUCGCCCAGGCUCUACGCUGUCUUUCUCUUGUGGCUUCUGUCGGAACUCUUCGAGGAACUGCCCGAAAUCGGUGACCCGGAAAAACCCAAACUGGUCUUCUUCUUUGACGAAGCCCAUCUGCUGUUCAGUGGUGCGCCAAAAGCUCUUGUCGAAAAAGUUGAGCAGGUCGUGCGCCUGAUCCGUUCCAAGGGCGUCGGUGUUUACUUCGUGACCCAGAACCCGCUCGACAUUCCCGAGACUGUUUUGGCGCAGCUCGGCAACCGGAUCCAGCACGCACUGCGCGCGUUUACGCCGCGCGAUCAGAAAGCGGUGAGAGCGGCGGCGGAAACAUUCAGGCCGAACCCCGAUCUCAACACCGAACGCGUCAUAACCGAACUGGGCGUCGGUGAAGCCCUGGUCUCGACACUUGAAGGAAAGGGAAUUCCUUCGAUCGUUCAACGGACACUGAUCCGUCCCCCCUCUUCCCGGCUUGGGCCGAUCACCCAGGCGGAGCGGCGCAGCCUUAUCCAAUCAAGCGCGGUGUUCGGCGUCUACGAGCGGGCCAAGGACAGAAAAUCAGCCUCUGAAAUCCUGAUGAGCCGCGCUGAGGAAGAGCAGCGCCAGGAGCAGCGCAGCCGCGACAAGGAAGAAAAGCACGCCCGCAAACAUGGCGAGCCCCGACGCUCCCGGUCCGGCUUUGAAUUGCCGGAUUUCGGCCGCGACGACCGUCCGAAGAAAGACAGCAUCGACAGACGCUCGCGACGCAGAAGCCAGCGGGAUACGGUUCUGGAAGCUGGACUGAAGUCGGCUGCCAGAAGCCUCGGAAGCUCCUUGGGCCGUGCGCUUGUUCGUGGUCUGAUGGGAUCCCUGAAACGCGGAAACUGA